GGCUUAUUAAAUUGUGAGUUUACAGAGCUGCUAACGAAGCUGAGAUUAAGAUCUUAUCAGUCCUGUCGACUGAUCAAGAUAUUCUGGAAGGUGAUGACGAGCUAAACGUGGUCACCAUGAGCUCGAUGGUCAUAGAUGAGAAUUCGAAAAAAGUAUCCGAAAUUGAGUCUCGUAUCGAGACCAUUCAAAGCACUCAGAGUGAAUAUUCCUCCAACACCAAAUAUUUCUCGAAUCUGUUUCAAAUUUCAAGUAAGCUCUUUUAUGCAGGAGUAUUUUUUUAAUGACGAGGAAUUCCAAAUUAUUUGUGGGUGUUUUCAGCGAGUUUGCGAAAUUUAUGCGAUAUUUAUCAGUUUUCUUUGGAUUGGUUCGGUAAUUUGAUCGGUUCAACGGUGGAAAGGAUUGAAAAAACGGGUAAACCUGAACAAAGAUGCGAGACUAUUACGGAAUUGGUGUUGAAAAAUUAUUUCUCUAUCAGUAUUUUCGCUCUUGAAGAGAUGGAUAAGUUAAUUUUUGCAUUUUUAAUCGCUGUUAAUUCCAUGCUUAUGAAAGGUACUUUGGAUGAAAUCCAACUGCAGAUGUUUUACGAGAUUUUAAAAAGUUCAAAGCCUGACGAAUGCAUCAAAAAUAUGGAUUUUUUGAAGACUAUUCCAGAGGACGUUGAACAAAACAAGUGUCAGUGGGUUGAAACAAUUGGGAAAAAAGGGUUUCCUGAUUCUUGGGUCCAGCUGAACAGUUUCCAAAAAGUAUUACUCGCUCAGAGUCUAUGCCCUGAGAAUGGUGUUCAAAUUAUACUCAGAUUUGUGGAAGAUGAAUUGGGUAAAGAGUAUUGUGACUUUGGCUCAUUCGAUUUAAGUACUGUGUUCAAAGAUUCAAACUGUGAUAUUCCCAUUGCCAUUGUGUUAUUUGACGAUUCGGAACCGUUGAAAUGUAUUUUCAAUUUUGCCCUUCACAUGGGCAUUAGUCCGGAAAAAUGUCUUGUUGUGACUUUAACCAAGGCUGUAAGUUCCAUCCAGACACAUCUAGAGCAAUCAAUGUCUUCAGGAAAUUGGCUAAUAAUCAGGAAUUUGCAAAAUUGCCAGAAUCUGUUACACGAAGUUGGAAAAAUUUGCGAAGAUCUAGCUUCGAGUUCACCUCAUCCAGAUUUCAGGUUUUGGAUUAUUCUCGAGCAUGAUUCAUUUUGCCCCUCGAAGAUUCUCAAAAAAAGCCAGCUAAUUGCCUACGGUGCUUCUAAAUACGUUAAUGUUGAAUCAUUCAAGAAGGAACUCUUGAUACGUUUGAAAAUCCUCGACAACGAAGAUACAGUUUUAAAUACAGACCUGAUUCCAAAUUUAAUUACUUUUCACGAAACGCUUCGAGAAAAACCCAUUGUUUCGCCCUGGACUUCAUUCCACGAGUUUACUGAUACUGAUCUACUGAUCGCUGGUCGAGAAAUGAGUGUCUUUAUCAACAAGCACGAGAAUGUUCCAGCCUUUGGCUUGGUGGCAUUUAUGCUGGAGUGUUGUUACGGGAAUCAAAUCGAUGAUCGAGGUGAUUCUGAAUAUGUCGUUGGCUUGAUGAAAAGCUUCUACAAUGAUGAAGUUAUUACAGCGGUGAAAACUGGAAAAUUUGUGGAAUCUGGGCUAAUUCAUUCGAAGAAUGCAUUACUUCACAAUACUUCGAAGCUGUACAAUUUCAUUGAAGAAAUGCUCACCUUGAAACGCAAAUCAGAUGGCAGGAAACUUGUUUUUAAAUUACUAAAAGUUCAGAUGAAUAUGAGAGGAUUCACUCUAGAACAGACACCAUUUACAUAGCGAUUCUGAAUUCUUGGAACUCAUUUGUAUUUGAGAAAACAAUUUUGUUGAAGAGUUUUAUUGUAUUGAAAAAAUUCAUAAAUUUGUCGCAUGUAGUUUGUAUUAUUAUUCGAUUUUAUUGUAUCUGCCAUGAGUUUAGAUAUCAUUGUAUGCAACUGUGGUUAUUUUUGAAAAUCAGGCUGCUUCUGUUUCAAUUGCAAUCAUGGCCCCAAUUUUCUAAAAUGUGUUAGGGUUCAUCUGGAUCAAAACACAUUUCCUUUAAUUUUUCAAAAAUCAAGUGUGGAAAUCCAAUAUCAAUGGGAACAAACCUUGGGAAAUAGUUCCUAAAUUGAAGGAAAGGAUAGAAAAAUGCGAUCGUCAAUAAGCGAUUUGUUUCAAUUUUAUAUAUAUAGGUAUUAGUAUCCA